UUGAAGAUCGGAAUAGUCGGAAGGACUGGAGCGGGGAAAAGUUCUCUUUUGAGGGCACUUUUUCGCCUCACAGAACCAGAGGGGAAAAUAUUUAUCGAUGAUAUUGAUACAAAGACUGAUCCGGUGUUGUUUAUUGGAACCCUAAGCAAGAACCUAGAUCCUUUUGAUGAGUACCCAGCGGAAAAAGUAUGGAGAGUUCUGGAACAGGUUGAACUGAAGAAUGCGGUUGCUGAGUUACCAAUGGGAUUAGAAACGCACAUGCAAGAAGGAGGUGCAAAUUUCUCUGUUGGACAACGACAGUUGAUUUGCCUGGCACGCGCAUUACUGCGACAGUCAAGAAUUCUCGUCAUUGAUGAAGCUACCGCAAACGUUGAUCCAGUGACCGAUAGUCUCAUCCAGCGGACAAUCAAAGAAUGCUUUCGUGAUGCAACAGUACUUACAAUAGCUCAUCGUCUACAUACAAUUAUGGAUUCUGAUAGAGUAAUGGUGUUUGAAAAUGGUAAAUUGAUUGAAUUUGAUCAUCCGUACACACUGCUGUGCCAAACGAACAGUGCCUUUAGUGCACUGGCACUGGAAACUGGCGAAGGAUAUGCGCAGCAGUUGAAGAGGAUCGCUGCUGUAUCGUAUAACAUGAAAAAAGGAAACAAAAGCAGUAGCUAA